UGCUGUUGUCGCGCUGCUCUGCAGGUCCUCACAAUGAGCUUUCGCGUGGCUAACGACUGUCCCAGCGGCGUGGGAAUGUCACUUGCUCCAGCCUCUUGCUUUCCGGCAGCACUAUGAGUUCCUUCGCUUACAGUUAGUGCUAGGACUGGCGGCCACUACCUCCACUCUCCUCAGCACCAACAAGUUGAACUUACAGGUGGGGGACCUUGUGGAAUAGUGAAAAGGGAUUUUGCCUUGUCCCACAUGUCCCUGGUGAUUGGUCACAACCCGAAGUGAUGGGGACGACCAGCAUGUAGAGAGGAGAGCACAGACGUGAAGAAGAGAGUGAAGAAGCGUGCGUGUGCGCGAAGAGAGGGACACCGAGAGAAGCGGCAGCAGCAGCAGUCGCGGCUAGCGAGCGAAGCGAGCCAGCGUCGUCAUCAUCGUCCUCAUCGUCCUCAUCGUUUUUUUUCUUCCCCCACUCUUUUCUCUCCCCAUCCUCUCCAUCAUCGCAUCCAUGGGAAGCCACACAUGGAGUGGGUCCGGAGUGUCUCAGCCGUGGUGAAACCCCAGAGAGAGACGCGGACGCAGCAGGGACUCGCGACACGCAGCCGCCUGUAGUCCAUCAGGGGCACGUCGCCUGCCUUCCACUCCUCUCACGGACGCUUCUCCCCUCUCCUCCUCCUCCUCCUCCUCUGGGCUCAACAGCUUCUGUCCUCUCCUCCUGAAACUCACCUGUUCUCUCCCCCCCCCCCCCCCCCCCCCCCCCUACGCGGUACUCCUCCGCCUCUUCUGCUCCGACCUCGUUCUACUGCUCCCUCUGUCUACGCUGAUCUCUCCUGCCUGUCAACCUACACGCCGGCCAGUUCACCCUUUGGGAUUUUUUUUGGUGUGCAUGCGUGUGUGUUUUGCGCGCAACUAAAAGGGGGGUCCUGCCUGCUCGUCGACUCAACCCGUUCAUCUCUGAAGCGGUCUCUUGUUUUUUGAGGGGAAUUUGUACUGUUUUCAUCGUGGGAAGAGGUCUUUGGUUCUCGUCCGGUUCUCCCCUUCUCUCUGCCGUCCGGGGGGAGUUGUAUUGAUUUUUUUCAUCCACCGGUAUCCAAGCAAUAACAGAAGCACGUCCGGGCACCAGCUGACAUCAUGGGGGACAUGUCCAACAGCAGCGAUUUUUACGCCAAAAACCAAAGAAGCGAGAACAACCAUGCGGGGGGCUUCGGCGUCUCGGUGUUGGAGCUGCGCUCGCUCAUGGAGCAGCGUGCCACGGAGGCCGUGGUCCGGGUGCAGGAGGAGUACGGGGGCGUGGAGGGACUCUGCUCGCGCCUCAACACCUCGCCCACGGAAGGUCUGACCAGUUCCCAGGCCGACCUGGACAAGAGGAGAGAAGUGUACGGCGAGAACACGAUACCUCCGAAGAAGCCAAAGACCUUCCUGGAGCUGGUGUGGGAGGCCCUCCAGGACGUCACCCUCAUCAUCCUGGAGGUGGCCGCCGUUGUCUCCCUGGGCCUGUCCUUCUACCGGCCGCCCGGAGACACCUCCGUUGACUCGUGUGGCGCGGCGGCCGGCGGGGAAGAAGGCGAGGGGGAGGCGGGCUGGAUCGAGGGAGCGGCCAUCUUGUUGUCUGUGGUGUGCGUGGUGCUGGUGACGGCGUUCAACGACUGGUCCAAGGAGAAGCAGUUCCGCGGGCUGCAGAGCCGCAUCCAGCAGGAGCAAAAGUUCCAGGUGGUCCGAGACGGUCAGGUGGUCCAACUGCCCGUGGCCGACCUGGUGGUGGGCGACAUCGCGCAGAUCAAAUACGGUGACCUGCUGCCUACUGAUGGAAUAUUGAUUCAGGGAAACGAUUUGAAAAUCGACGAGUCCUCGCUGACAGGAGAGUCGGACCACGUGAAGAAAGACACGGAGCACGACCCCAUGCUGCUCUCUGGCACCCACGUGAUGGAGGGCUCGGGGCGCAUGGUGGUGACGGCGGUGGGCGUGAACUCUCAGACUGGGAUCAUCUUCACCCUGCUGGGGGCGGGGACCGAGGAGGAGGAGCUGAAGGAGAAGAAAGACGAGGAUGGACUCCGCAACGCAGACCAUACGGCCUCACACCCCAUCGCCACCAUCACUACGGACGGAGCCUCGGCCGGUAAUAUUGGCAAUGCCACCCUAAUCAAUGGUAAAAUGCAAGAUGGCAAUAUGGAGAUCAACCAAACGAAAGUGAAGAAGCAGGACGGGGCGGCGGCCAUGGAGAUGCAGCCCCUGAAGAGCGCCGAGGGUGGGGAGCCGGACGAGAAGGAGAAGAGGAAGGUGAACGUCUCCAAGAAGGACAAGUCGGUGCUGCAGGGGAAGCUCACCAAGCUGGCUGUCCAGAUCGGCAAAGCAGGGCUGCUCAUGUCAUCCAUCACUGUCAUCAUGCUGGUCCUGACUUUUGUCAUCGACACCUUCGUGGUGCAGGGGCUGCCUUGGCUCACCGAGUGCACCCCCAUCUACAUCCAAUACUUUGUCAAGUUCUUCAUCGUGGGUGUCACCGUGCUGGUGGUGGCGGUGCCUGAGGGCCUGCCCCUGGCUGUCACCAUCUCCCUGGCCUACUCUGUCAAGAAAAUGAUGAAGGACAACAACCUGGUGCGGCACCUGGACGCCUGUGAGACCAUGGGCAACGCCACGGCCAUCUGCUCCGACAAGACGGGCACGCUCACCACCAACCGCAUGACGGCCGUGCAGUGCUACAUCGCCGACGUGCACCACAAGGUGGUCCCGGACCCCGGGGCGCUGCCGCCCAAGUCCCUGGACGUGCUGAUGCACGCCAUCUCCAUCAACAGCGCCUACACCUCCAAGAUCCUGCCUCCGGACAUCGAGGGGGGUCUUCCAAAGCAGGUGGGCAACAAGACAGAGUGUGGCCUGCUUGGAUUGGUCCUGGACCUGAAGCGGGACUACCAGCCAAUCAGGAAGCAGAUGCCCGAGGAGCUGCUGUACAAGGUUUACACCUUCAACUCGGCCAGGAAGUCCAUGAGCACCGUGGUGAAGCAGCCCGACGGCAGCUACCGCAUGUACAGCAAGGGGGCGUCGGAGAUCAUGCUCAAGAAGUGUAACCGCAUCCUGAACGAGGUGGGCGAGCCGCGCGUCUUUCGGCCGCGGGACCGCGACGAGAUGGUGAAGAAGGUGAUCGAGCCCAUGGCGUGUGAGGGCCUGAGGACCAUCUGCGUGGCGUACCGGGACUUCCCCGCCUCGCCGGAGCCCCUGUGGGACGAGGAGGACCUCAUCCUCAAUGACCUCAUCGCCGUCAGCGUGGUGGGGAUAGAGGAUCCCGUCCGGCCAGAGGUAGGACAUGUUAGCCUGGUGAUAACAUGUUAGCCUGGUGAGACCGCU